GCAGAGCUUGUGAACGAGAUCUGCUAUGCUUGCGAGGUAGUGGGCUUCAUGCAGGUCACAGGGCAUGGCAUCUCAGAAGAGUUGCAGCGGAAGCACAUGGACUUGCAGCAGAAGUUCUUCGCGCUGCCGCACUCUGUGAAGGCUCGAGUGGGACCAUGCCCAGAUGGCCCUGUCCGCGGGUACUUUGGCCGCGGCGGAGAGGAUUUGGACCAGGUCCUGGAGAAGCAGGACAGCAUCAGCAAAUCUCGCAAGGACAAGAAGGAGGCACUGGGCCUUCGCAGCUACCCUCAGAGGAGGAACUUGCAGGCUUCCGAGCUGUUCUGGAUGAAUACGCUUCUGAAAUGUUCCGCUUGGCCAGGAGGCUCUUGGCGCUCAUGGCUUUAGCCCUCGGCAAGCCGAGGGAUUUUUUCGAGCAGCAUUUGACUCAGCCUGUUGCUACACACCGGCUUCUGCACUACUGGCCGCUAGAGGACUACAACACCGAGAUCGGUGUUGGAGAGCAUACAGACUAUGGCCUGCUCACUAUCCUGAAACAGGAUAUGGUGGGCGGACUGCAGGUCCUCAAUGCGAAGGAUGGUCGGUGGAUUCACUGCUGUCCGGUGAAGAACGCUUUUGUCAUCAACUUGGGUGACAUGCUGAGCCGAUGGACCGCCCAUCGUUUUAAGCACGACCCACAGAAUUUAGUUUUUCUGAAGUCUAUGCCGGUGGGAAAAGACAUUUGGCUUUGA